AUGUCUGGUCUCAAGGUCGGCGAGCAGUUCCCCGAGGGCGUUGCCUUCCAGUACAUCCCCCACCAGGAGGAGACUGCCGACUUCAAGGUCUGCGGUAUCCCCAUCAAGUACGACACCGCCAAGGAGUUCAAGGACAAGAAGGUCGUCAUCGUCUCCAUCCCCGGUGCCUUCACUCCCACCUGCUCCGCCUCCCACCUGCCCGGCUACAUUGAGCACAAGGACGAGCUCAAGGCCAAGGGCGUCGACCAGGUCAUCUUCCUCGCCUACAACGACCCCUUUGUCAUGUCCGGCUGGGGCAAGGCCAACAACAUCAAGGACGACUUCAUUGUCUUCGCCUCCGACGCUAACGCCGCCUUCUCCACCUCCAUCGGCUGGAACCACGGCGAGCGCACCGCCCGCUACGCCAUCGUCAUCGACCACGGCAAGGUCGUCUACGCCGAGAAGGAGACUGAGCUCCAGGGUCUCGAGGUCUCUGGCGCCGAGCCCGUUCUCAAGGCUCUGUAA